AUGGCGGAAAAGGAAGCUCUUCCGCAUUCUGAGCCUGGACCCAACUCACCGAAACUCGACGAAAAUCACGAGGGAAGCUCCGAUGACAAGGAUUACGAUUCGGAUGCUUCAACAGAGAUCGAGGUGGCCGAAGGAAUGCAAGAUUUGAUGCUCGACGAUGAGAUUGUUUUGGGUGCAUUCGCUCGUCAACAACCGCGUCCGACUUUUUGGGAUACUUUCAUUGAAAGUUCAGUCGUAAAAAUGUCAUUUCUCAUCGGGAUGGAUAGCGUUGGCUCGUUUACGUAUCUUUACAUGAAAUAUGGAGCGUCGGUGAAAUGGCCGUUGAUUGUGCAACUAUUGGUAUUGGGACUGCCCGUGUUACUGCUUGAACUUUCUUUGGGUCAAUUCACAUCUCUCAACCCGUCUUCUCUGUACAAGAGAAUGGUUCCCGCUUUUGGAGAUAUGGAAAUG